UUAAAGAUCAACGUGACCGUGGUUGUACCGGUGGUACGCUUGUCACGUGAUCUGACACGGAAGUAUUGUGUGACGUUGACGUUAACCUGAUCUCAGCAAGUCUGUCUCCAGGACGAAUAUUGAAACUCUGACACUUUUCUAAGCUGAAGAUAUCUGUGUGUUUCUACGGAGGCCGGGCGGCUGCUGGCGGAGGAAAUGAGACCAGAAGAAGAGUUCCAGAGAUAGGACAAAGUGUAAGCUAACGACGCUAAGCUGCACCAGACCGGACAGGGAGCUGAAAGGUCCCAGCUGAGUGGACUGUGUGCGCUCCUGUUAGCCUGAGCUGGGAUCAUGCCAGUCUUGGCCAUGGCAGAGCCUGCGAUGGAUCAUCAGAGGCGCUUUCAGGCUGCCGUUGAUGUCAUCCACAAACUUCCCAAAAACGGUUCUUACAGACCUUCUUAUGAGGUGAUGCUGCGUUUCUACAGUCUGUACAAGCAGGCAGUGUGUGGACCGUGUACAGUGCCUCGGCCUGGCUUCUGGGACCCAGUGGGUCGCUACAAGUGGGAUGCGUGGAGCCGCCUGGGGGAGAUGAGUCAGGAGACCGCCAUGGCAGCAUAUGUGGAAGAGAUGAAGAAAGUGGCACGAGAGGUCAUCCACACCAUGCCCAUGGAUGAGAGAACAGCGUCGUUCUUCCACCACUUCGAGCCUCUCUACAGGGUCAUUGAUGACAUGCCACUGCCUCCAGCUUCACUGCUCACACUCGUUGAAGGUGGUCCUAAAGGCAGGCAGCAGGUUGACGGUUCAGCAGACGCGAAGCUUCAAGGUGAGAAGCAGGAGCCACCUCAGGAGUGUUUAGAGAACUCUGAUCCAGAGCCGGAGCUAAUCAUGACUGACGAAGCCCACCUGUUUACCAACAGUAUUCCUAAAGACUCUGGGACAUCAGAGGGUUUGGUCUUGACCAGCGACUCAGAGAGUGAAAUCUUCUGUGACUCUGUGGAUUCAGUGGAACAACUGAGCAACAUCAAGAUUCCAGUUGUCAAGUCAAACGGCUUUCACAACAGCAGCAUUUACCCACAGUCCUCUCCUGGUCAGGGGACUCACCUGGAGGGAAGGCAGGUCGGCGCUGGUCAAGGCGGAGAAGGAGCAGAGGAUGGGAAAUGUGUGGGUCAGCCCCGGAGAGGUUGGCACAGCGGGCAGGAAGGUUCCUACCACGGCUGGAGAGGACGUGGUGUUCCACAGGGAAGCCCAAGCCGGAUGGCCCCUGGUGGUGGUGGGGGGACAGGACGCGGAGGUGGGGACGGCUCGGAGGGUGGAGCAGAGAGGCUGCAUGAGACACACCUGCAGCAACAGAUAAUCCUGGCUCUACGGAGGCUCAGAGAGGACAUGAGGAGUGUGAUGGACAGACUGGAGGUGGUGGAGAGGCUUGCUGCCACCCAUGGCUCAGACUGGAGACCAUGCCUGCAGUGUGCAGAUGCAGCUUCACAGCAGGAGGAGACAUGGUGGCCAUUUGAUGUGUCGUGUCAGACAGUUCUGCUGUUCAUGCUGUGGCCGUUUGUUACACAAGGUCUGGUCUACCUGCUCAGGAAGGCCCACCAGAGAAGUCGCACAUCUUCAUGAGGAGCACUGACUGCACCACUGGAUGGACAUGCUCCCCAUGUUCACUGGUGGAGUGUGUUAUUAAAGUUCCUGUCAAUAACUCUAAGGAGGAAGUUCGACCUAAGCUAAUCUACAGACUGCUUUAGUCCUGGUGUAACAGGUUGCUAUCUUUAAUUGAAGUCAAUUAAUUGGUUAGGAAAGUUUUAAAUAAAUAACUUUCCCAUUAUUAUUCAGCAUGAUGAACAAUUCUUUCGUGCCUCUGUACAAAGUUUGAGUGAGUGCAGACAUGCAUUUAGUUUUUUUUUUUCUAUAUUCAACCUUAUUUACUGUCUAAACCUCACCUCAGAAUGCUUAAAAAGAACAACUGUAAUGAUUUGAAACUAGAACCACAUGGAAAAUAUUGUAUUAAAUGAGAGUUGCAA